AUGCGUUACACUACUGCCACUGUUGCUCUCGCACUUGCAGCCGGUGCAGUUGCCGCUCCUCAGGGUGUUGUCUAUGUCACCAGCGUCGUCGAGCAGACUACUACUUGGUGUCCUGCUGGAGCCACUAUCACCCACGCAAGCGGUACCACCGUUCUGACUGCUGCCACCAUGAUGACACUUCCUGUGGUUUCCACAACUGCAACUGCUCCUGUUUCUUCUGCAUCUGCCUCUUCGGUAUCUUCAGUCCCUACUGCUGGCUCAUACGAGUCUGCACCCGUCUCGUCUGCUGUGGUUCUCUCGACUUCUUCCGUGGUCACUGGCGCUAUCAUCUCGUCCAUUCCUGCUUCAAGCCCCGUCUCGCCUGAGGAAACCUCCAGCAUGCCUGUCGCAGUCUCAUCAAACUCUGUUUCCGUCCCAUCGGUCGCAACUGCGACCCCUAUCAUCCCCGGCGCUGCCUAUGGUUCUUCUGCCCCUUACCCCGUCUCAUCGGCUACUGGCGCAGUUGGCUACGCUCAGCCCUCCGGUGUGGCUGGUGCUUCUGGUAACGCUCAGCCUUCUGGUAUUGCUGGCGCCACUGGCUCUUCGUCGGGCGCCAACCCUUCCUCGACAUACACUGGCGCUGCCUCGCGCAACUUGGCUGGUGCCACUGGCCUCUUCGCUGUUGCCGCUGCCUUUCUUGCUCUCGCUUAA